GCCGCCGCCGCCGCCGCCGCGGCCAACCCCGCGGCUCAGCGGGUGCGGGCCGGGGGCUCGGCUCGGCGCUGGGCGGCCGCUGGUUCCCGCGCUGUCCGCUGCCCCCGCUAACCCCGCUGCCCGCGCUGUCUCCGCUGCCGGAGCCCCAGACCUGGGCGCCGCCGCCGCCGCGGGCCGGGCACGCGAAGAAGCCCCUCCCCCCCACCGCGGAGCUGCGGGGACACAUCUCACUUUCAUCAGCACUGUUGAAAGAAGAAGAAAAAAUGCCAGUCCUUUCUCCUGAAAUCAAAUUUGAGCCUUCUAAUGUCACCAGAAAUUCCCUUGACAGUUGUUUUCUUUUUGAGAGUAGUUGGAGGAAAGCAGUUUUAGAAACACAAAAGAUGAGGAAAGAAUACACCACAGCAUUUGGUCUAGAAGAACCCAAAGAAUGUAUCAAAAUGCCAUAUUUACCAGGAUUGCAAAAUUGCCAAAAAAGUGUAAGUUCCACUCCACUAGAGGUUCAUAAAAGACUCCUGCGUGCUGAUACCGAGAUGCCUCCUGUCAGCCAUUCUACUGAGAACAUGUCAGGUUGUCUACAAGUAUUUUACUCUCCUCUGCAUAUUGUACAACGCCCUGUGAAAGAACAGUCUUGGCAAAGCAGGUUAAAGAAGACGAAGCCAACAUGUACUGUGGCACCACUUCAGGAGAAAUCAAAAGGACUCUUAAGACAUUCUAAUUCUCCUUCCAUCAAUUUUGGUUCUGGCUUCAGCGAUCCUCUUGCUGGAGCACCAUCUGAGUACUUACAGAGACUUUCUAAACUGGCCAUUUUGGAGUAUGAUACCAUUCGUCAAGAAACAACCAGAAAAUUUAAAAAGAGCAAGAAACGAGAGCUUCAAGAUUGCUGAUUAUCAUAAGGUGUGAUGCUUUCUUCACUGGCUUGUAAGGUUUAUAUUUUUCCUUUCUUUUCCUUUUUUCUUUUCUUUUUUGAUACGUGAUAUGAUGUGCAAUGAUUUACAUAAAAAUGUAAAU